AUGGCUGAUAAGAGUCUACCUUUCUUUAAAAUAUUGAGGAAAACAGCUCAAUUCGAAUGGACUAACGAGUGCCAGCUCGCAUUCGAUGCAUUAAAACGAUCCCUCACUUGUCUGCCGAUUCUUAGCACUCCUGAAAAGGGCGAAACUCUGUUCGUAUACCUAUCGGUAGACGACGAAUCAAUCAGCUCGGUCUUGUUCAAAGAGGUGAAUAACCAGCAAAAGCCGAUCUACUAUACUAGUAAAAUCCUGACUACGUCGGAAAGCAAAUAUUCUGAAGUCGAAAAAAUAGCGUAUGCUCUGGUCCUCACUACGCGACGACUCCGGCCUUACUUCCUGUCGCAUACCAUGGUAAUCCGUACAAGUCUACCACUUCGGCAAACCCUAGGUCAACCUACUGCGUCAGGACGAAUUGUUAAAUGGGCCAUCGAAUUAGGACAAUACGAGAUUCAGUAUCAACCCCGCACCUCGGUUAAAGGGCAGGCCCUGGUAGACUUCAUCCGGGAGACUACCAGAAUACCUAUCGAAAAAGAGUGGAAAAUUUAUGUGGACGGGUCAUCUACAGCAACAGGGGCAGGGGCAGGAAUAAUAGUCAUUGAUCCUACGGGAACGGAGGUCGAGUUCGCUGUCAAACUACCCCGGGUUUCUAAUAACGAAGCAGAAUACGAAGCUUUCAUCCGAGGAAUGGAGAUUGCUCACGAGCUCGGAGCGCGAGUGGUGCGAAUAUACUCCGAUUCACAAUUGGUGAUACACCAACUAGAAGGAGAUUACGAAGUAAAAAACGAUAGAAUGAAGGGAUAUGUGAAUAAAGCUCGAGCAGUACAAGAAACCUUCGAAGCCUGCACGGUGCAUCAACUUCCGAGGAGCGACAACCAACGAGCUGACUUCCUCGCUAAGAUUGGGUCGUCAGUCGUUGACUGUGUUGAACGAAAAAUCACCAUCCUCAUUGCCCCUACCCCGAUGCAGGGAGUCAUGAUGAUCGAUGAAGAAUCUGACUGGAGAACACCUUUGUUCAAAUAUUUCAGAGGAGAGCGUUUUGGCACGAAGAGGGAACAACAUCGUUUGGCAUAUAAAGCGAGGCACUUUUAUGUGCGGCACGAGAUAUUAUACAAGAGGAACUUCACCACGGUAGAUGCGAGAUGCCUAGGAAAACAAGAGGUGAAACAUGUCCUGGACGAAGUACACCGAGGAGGUUGCGGAGAGCAUGGAGGAGCUCGGGCCCUCAUACAGAAAUACAUCGGGCCGGAUACUAUUGGCCCGGUAUGA